GGCCUGCUGUUUACAUAAACUGUUGUCAGUGUGUAGUCACGUGACCCCAUAUACAUUACUGGCGCAUGCGCGCUCGUCACGUCCACACAGCAGCAGGUGUCAAUAAUGAAGCUUCUGCCAUUGUUUGGCGUCUUUUUUCAUCAAAACCAGCAUCUUCUACGCUCUCAAUGGCGGCACAAGAGCUUUUCAUUUCGCUACGUUGUCGUCGCUUUUCAAUGGACUGUUGGUAGAGGACUCACCUGCUGGCGUUCAAAUGAGCGCCGUUCCCUCUUCAUUAACGGGAAGUAUAAAGCAACAUGGCCGACGAGGACUCUGAGGUUUAUGUUACAUUUCCACAUUUAAAGGAGCUGGAAGGUAAAGUUGGCAGGAAAACACCUGAAAGUCUUCUGCUUUGGAUGAGGGAGGAUGUGGACUCGGACGUCGGCCAGACAGAGGACCGCCAUCCUCCUGAUGAUCUUUCCUCCAAAUUGAGCCACUUAAAGCAAGAAAUGAGGUGGUUGCGUUCCGCGGAUGUGAGGAUCCUGCGCCAGCUGGUGUCCGUGCACGAGGGCAUCGAGGCCAUGCGCUGGUUGAUGCUGGAGCGCGCCACCUUGGCCAGCUGUGACAGCAGUUUGACGGGAAGUGUGAGCAGCCUGGUGACGGCGGAGGAGCAUGGACCUUCCAUAUCUCCAUGCAGGGACAUUCCAAGGUCAACCUACCCUGAAAAUCCGCCUGGAAGCUUUAACGGGGAAUCAUCAGAUGGCGCUUUACACGCCGCCGCCGAUCAUUCAGACCGGAGGAGCGCUGAAGAAAGUCCGAGCAAUUUCUCAGACUCGCAGAGUCCGCGCUCUGACACUCUCCCAUCACUUGGCAUAAAAACAUGUGCCGAUACCAUCGGCGGCGUUUUACUUGAAUGCACGACUACACCGAGAGACGCACGAGCUGAUGACACAACAGAAGAGGAUGAGAAGAUGGCUACUCUGUUCGGUUAUGAUGCUCAGUGGUGCUGGGUAGAGUCACGAGAUGAUGUGACAUAUUUAUGAUUCAAUGUGUCUUACCACAACUAUGCAGAUCAGUGGUCCCCAACCACCGGUCCGGGGACCGGUACCGGUCCAUGACGUAUUUGCUACCGGGCCGCAGAGAAACAUGAAUUGAUUUAUAAACUAACACAUUUUCUCCAACUUAACUUCCGUCUGUCCCACUAAACACAGCAAUAAGCUUGUUUAUAGAUGUAUAUUACAACUCCUGACAGGAAGUCGCCAUUUGUUAUAGUACAUUAAUGAACAUAUACAAUUUUAAUGUGUCAGGUUGUAGCCUUUAAUAGUUUUAAUUUUCAUCUGCAGGGUCAUUGUGUGGGGUGGCGUGGCAUGCGGACCUGCAGCAAAGCGGGGUGUGCCAGGACCGGCUUCGAGAUCAGCGACAGGUGCGUAGGUGACACGGCUGAGCGUGUUUGUCUGAUCACCUGUCGCUCUGUUAAAGGCAGCGGUCGGAAAGGAGAGGAGAGAGUUGUUGAUGGUGGAACACGAGUCAGAGUGAGAGUAGAGAAACACUCUCAGCUGUGUCAUCUACGCACCUGUCGCUGAUCUCGAAGCCGGUCCGCAGGCCACGCCCCCCCACACAUUGUAUAUAGCAGGGGUUCUUAACCUGUUUGACCUUAGGACCUACACUACAGAGGGACCCGGGGCCCACUCCAAUAUUAACACUGAAUUAGUAAUCUUACUCUUGAUUUUGAUCAUAAUAAAUACAAUAACAUAUCUGACCUAUGUACAGUUCCCUACCUUGUAAAAUGAUAUAAAAGCAUGUGUUAAUCACAAAGAUUAAAUUAUUAAUUUGCCAAAUAAAUUAAGCUUAGGUCAGACGGAUUUAGACAAAAUAAAUGUACAUACAAUGUACAUUGUUCUGCUAAAAUAAAUUAGCUAAAUUAAUGUUUUUUAACUGAACUGUCAAUAAAAUUACAGUGCAAAUGAAAAUGCCACUUUAGUCAUAAUUUUUGCGCUUAAGAAAUUUCGCUAUGAAUUUCUCUCUCGUUGUUUUUAUAUUGUCAUUACUCUUGAUUUUGAUCAUAUUGAAUACAAUAAAAUAUCUGACCGACUUACAGUUCCCUACCUUGUAAAAUGAUAUAAAAGCAUGAGUUAAUCACAAAGAUUAAAUGAUUAAUUUACCAAAUAAACCUUAGGCUUAGGUCAGACUGAUUAGACGAAAUAAAUUUACAUACAAUAUACAUUGUUCUGCUAAAAUAACUAAACUAAAUUAUGUUUUUUAACUAAACUGUCAAUACAAUUAAAGUGCAAAUGAAAAUACCACUUUAGUCAUAAUUUUUGCGCUUAAGAAAUUUCUCCAUGAAUUUCACUCCGGUUGUUUUUAUAUUGUCAUUACUGCCCCAAGUGGUAGAAAAGUGUAUUACAACUAAGUACCACUGUGGCCUAUGCAGCUGAAAAAAUACAUAUAUUACAUUCUAGGGGGCGCUCGCGGCCCAACACUGGGCCCCGGCCCUAUGGUUAAGAAACACCGGUAUAUAGUAUAUGCCAUCAACGUGCCGGCGACCAUCUUUUUGCAAAAAAACACGCCCAGGGCUCCCAUUAUUUCAGCGAUAUAGUGAGUUGAUUAUUCAUGCUAAAUUUUUUGCUGUUUUUAUCUGCCACUCGUGAAAUGCCGGUCUGUGAAAAUAAUGCAUGCAUUAAACCGGUCCCUGGUGGAAAAAAGGUUGGGGACCCCUGAUUUAGAUGACACAGAACUGGUCAUGCUGAACGUGGGCCUGUUGAUUCGUUUGAACAGAUCCCGUGGAUGCAGAACUGUUUUCUUCAGCCUAACUCAGACAAGACUGAAAUCAUUGUUUGAGGCCCACAGAAGCAAAGAGAAACUAUAGUCAGUUUGAGACCCUCUCCCUGAAACCGAGUAAUCGGGUUAGAAAUUUAGGGGUAAUAGCGGACUCGGACUUGAGCUUUAACAGCCACAUUAAGUCAAUAACAUCCGCAGCUUUUUAUCACCUGAAAAAGGAAUAAUGUCUUAAUCAUCUCAGGGUAUUCAAUCGAUCGCAACUGGACUGUUUGGUUUAUCUUCGACGUUUCGCCUCUCAUCCGAGGAGGCUUCAUCAGUUCGAACUCAGACUUAGAUUGGUCAGAUCUAAAUCCAAAACCCCAAAUAUUUAUACUCCAAAACCAAGAGUGUGUGCCUGGGCAAGGAUAGUUUCGCCCUAUUGUAGUGAAAAAUACAACUGUUUUGAUGCAAACCAGCCAUCCUACUGUCAAAGCCAAUGACAGUCGUUGGAGUGUAAUUUCCCCUUGUUAGCAUUGAGGUGUUGUGUGCCAUAACGAUCGCUGUGGAUCGACUACUACCAGUCCAAAAAUAGUCAGCGUAAGCAUUCCAUUUAGUUGUGAACAAAUGGCAUUCUGGUCAGCGUCUUUAUCAACGGCACAGCAGUGGAGAUCGUAAGCAGCACCAAGUUCCUGGGGGUGCAGAUAACUGACCUGGUCCCUACACAGGAGCUCUUGUAAAAAGAGCUCAGCAGCGCAUGCACUUUUUGCGUCGGAUUAAAAGAGCACAGCUCCCUCCCUCCGUUCUCGCCACAUUCUACAGAGGCAUUGAGAGCCUACUGACCAACUGCAUCUCUGUCUGGACUGGAGCCUGCAAUGCCUCUGACUGGAAGUCCCUGCAGAGAGUGGUGAGGACGGCGGAAAAGAUAAUAAUAAUAAUGGAUUAGGUUUUAUAUCGCGCUUUUCUGUUAUUAGAUACUCAAAGCGCUCACAGAG